GUCCCGGUGACUUCCCCCCUCACAAUAGCCGCCGGGCCUUACGGACUUUCCUCUCCAGAAACCUCCGCGGCGGAGCGGAAGGCGGAACCUGCCUCGGGGUUUUUAGCGGUUUCCGACGUGCGUGUUCGAAUCCUUUGCCUUAGGAGAGGGGUUUGGCUGCGGGUCCAGGCAAGGCCGGCGCGGCUUUUCGGCCCCGACUCUCGAUUCCCUUGGCCUCCGUUUGGUCGGCGCCCUGCAGUCGGGGCAGCCAGUGAGUGGGGCCUGGCUUGGAUGUCCUCAUAGCGGGGAGGCUGACGUGGUUCCUGAGCCAGCCCUCCAGACUGGAGCCCCCAUCGGCCGUGGCUGGGUUGAGGCGGGCAGGGUGUUCCACGCUCCCUUGUGGGACCGGCCGAAGGAGCCCCUCUCGCCCAGCGCUCGAGAACGUGUCCUGGACACCAGGAAGCGACCUCCCAGGAGGGGCUGCUCUUGGCCGCAGUCUCUAGGGACAGGGGUGGGAAGAGGGUUGCUCUUGUAAAAAGAGGAGGCCUCCGCUUCCAUUUCCCCUCUGCAGAAGAACUGCUUGGUUAUCUCUAACCCCUAGAGAGCCGUGGUCUGUAGUUGAAAGACUUUAUGGGCCUCCCGGAGCGUUGUGCUUUAGAGCUGUGCUCUUUAAACUGUUGGCGCAGUAGCUAAAAGGUGCUUGUGAAUCUGCCCCAGAGAUGAUGGGUGUCUGAUGCUGCAUUUUUGUGUGUAAUGUGAAGGAAACUUGUUAGUCAGUCUUUCUGCAAAAGUGUCUGGAUUUCCAAGUCUGUACCUUCCCCACCCCACCCCUCCUUUGCUAUGAUGAGAUUCAGCGUUGCACACGGGAGAAAAAUAAACCGUCUCCUGCUGCUUUUGCAGGCGCUCUUCUCUCCUGCUGGGAUUUCUUUCUAGCCAAGGACUCCUCCCAGGUUACAGUUGGGCAGCCAGUGAGUUUUUAAAACACCUUUUUGCUAACAGCAUGGAUUGGGACACACAGCUCAGCUCUCUCUUGACUGCAGCAGACAGCAACAUGGCAAAAAUUAAGCAACGUCUGAACACUGCCAGCAUCUCUUCCAAAGCUGAUCUCUUGCUAGACAGAAUAAAUACUGAGAGUGCUGUUCCGACUGAGCCACAGACUGGACCAUCGCCCCUGCAUUUCACAUGUGGAGCUCACUCAUGCUGUAGAAUGGCUGCUGAUGAGCUUUCUGCCAUCAGCAAGCAAUUGCAUUCCCAAGCCCAGGUCAUAGAGUCCCUCACCCAGGCAGUACAUCGGCUGAAACAGGAGAAGGAACUGCAGCAGCGGAGUAUCAGUCACCUAGAGGAGGAGGUGGAUCGACUGCAGCACAGUUCUCAUGGCAGCUUAGACUCAGUGCUGGGAGUCAGGAUGGAAGGGCUGAAGACUGAGUUCCGUAGCCUUCGGCAGCAAGUGUUUCAGAAGUCAGAUGGUGACUGUACUCCUGAUCCUUUUUCCAACCCUGGCAUCAUGCAAGAUAUGCGGGAGAGUAAGAAAAUCUUGUGGCAAGAAUAUAAAUGCAUCAGAAGAGAGAUGGAACAUCUGAAGCACAAACUAGAUCAACAAGAGGAUGAUCUGUUCCACCAAGUGUCUGCAACUGAUGAGAUAAAGAAGACUCAAAGAAGAUACUGUCAGAUGCUGGAAGAUCUGACGGACAGUCAUAAAGCUCAGACUAAGGAUUUGGACAAAGCUAGGAAUGAGGCCCAGAGCACUCAGAAGGAACUUAGUCAUGUCAAAACUACAAUUACUGACCUAAAAGAACAGGUGAAAGGUCUGCACUUGGAGGAUGAACACUGCGCUAGUCCACUAAGAGACAAAAACCUCCGUCUAAGAAAAAAGAGAGUUUUGCUGCAUGAUGCUACCUUGUCAUCCCUUCUCAGUGACGAUUCAGCUUCUGAGUUCAGUCUCACAGAUGUCAGCUCAGAUGAACUUUUUAGUGAAUCAGAGAUUGCACAACUUGCUGAUGACAAGAUUUCCAUACCAGGCUUGAAGCUGGAAAAGAAGACCCCUGGAGGGGCAGCUAGUGGCACGCUGGACACAGAAGACCUCAGCAGUGUCCUGACUGACACUCCUCCUGAGCUCAACUCGAGUGACCUUUAAAACUUCACCUAAGGAUUGCCUCGUUCUUUCUAAUGAGAAAACAAAUUAAAGAGCAGAGAAACAUAUGUACUGUUCUCCCACACACUCAGCUGCCUUUUGUACAGAUGCAACAUUGAGGUAGAAUGACAGUAUUAACCUCAACCUGGUGAUAUUAGCACAUGCAAGUACGAUGCGGGGGGCUGAAAUCAUUUAUUUGAGAAGGGUGUGUUGUGUAUAUAUAUGUUCUGGUCAGAGAUUUCCCAGUCUCCCUUUCUGGAAAAGGAACAAUUGAAUUCCUGGUCCCUGUGUGUGUGAUAUGGAUCGUGUCUGCCAGCUUCAAGGAACUGAUUAUUCUCAGCACUCAUAAUUUUCAGUGUUUAAAUACUAAAAUGAAAUAUUGAGGCUGAGCUGUAAGAGAAAAUAUUCUGGUAAGCAAUCCACUUUAACCCAGAUUCUGUUAAUCCAGGCUUCCUCAACCUCAGCCCUCCAUAUGUUUUUGGCCUACAAUGCCCAUGAUCCCUAGCUAGCAGGACCAGUGGUCAGGGAUGAUGGGAAUUGUAAGUCUCAAAACAUCUGGAGGGCCACGAUUGAGGAAGCCUGUGCUAAUCUGUGUCACGGUGCGUGCCAGCACAAUAGCUCCUGAUUCAGCACUGAGACAAAACCAGCAGUGAUGGAAAGAGUCCACUGAAGAAGGGAGCCUAUAGUAUGUUAAACUCCUUUGGCAAGUCACUGAUGUGCCACAUUAGCAGUUGACUAGGAUAGGCUGUGUGAUGAGAUACCCAAGGGAAAGAAACCUGUGGGGAGCAUUCUUUUAUCUGGAAAAUACUUUGUGCAGCUAACUUUUUUUCCCCUUGCCGGUUGAACUGCUGGUGAACUAUGAUUUCCAGUGACCUAAAGUGGUCUGAGUAAUAGUGGCAUUAGUGUUUCUGAAUUUUGGAUCAGGUGGCAAAGCAUUAUGUAGUUCAAUGCAUUAGUUAAAUAUUCUUCAUAUCUCUGGUCCUUUCUUGGAAUAAGGAGCAGAACUAGAGCAGAACUUGGAAUAAGGAGCAGAACCAGAGAGUCCUGGUUGCCUUCUCAGUUUUCAGAACUUUAUUGAAACGAGAUUACACAACUGAUCUUAAAAAAAAAGCUUUCAAACUAAGUUAGAAGCUCACAUAGACUGAGAUCCAUCAACCACCUGCUAGCCAAGACGUAUAGGAAAUGCAUAUAGUAAAACCCGUGUUUUUUAUUAUUAUUAUUUGAAAGGCAGCUGUGGAAUGCUGCCAUUUUGAGCAGAGGAGUAUUGGGCAAUGUGACUGCCAACUAUUUGUUUCAAAAAUGCCCCCUAACUAUUCUACACACACAUACAUAGCUCCAGAUGCAGAAAACCUGUGGAUGGCAAUACUUAGUGGAAACAACUAAUGCAAGGAAAAUGUUAAGCAGCUCCCAUUACUCCUCUCCUCACACUUGCAGCCUCCACAUUAAAAAUAAAUAGGGCUUCAUUGCAUUAAUUUGCUGCACAAAAUAUACCUUCUGCCAUAGCUUUGUUGGUGGGGAAUCACUCACUACUUGUGGGCUACCUGCUGCUCUUCAGCACAAUUAGGAUAAUGAGAAUGUGUAGCAGUUGGCACAUGCUUCCCUACUGUCUCAGUUGACUGUUUUCUUGCCUUGGUAGUAAGUUGUACUACAUACCAGUGAAAAGAGCAGCCUAUUCACCCACUGUAUUGAGCAAAGGUGAUCCCGUCUACCUCAACAUUCUAAAAUUCUUAAAGUUAUGGAGAAGAUCUUCAGGUCUGGACCUGGUAACUCUUGUGAAAACUGGAAUUAUAUGACAGACCUGCAUGAGUAAGUGUUAAAAGCUUUCCUGUACAGUUAUUCUGAAACACCUGGUCUGGACUUUCAGAAGACUGGGUGCCAGUUUACUGAUCUGGAAUCGCAUCAAUGGCUGCUGCUUCCUCCCUUGUCAAUGCCUGAAUUAAAAGCUCAAACCUGUUACAACUGAUAAAGUUCCCCAUCUUAUUCAGACAAUAUAGUGUAGCAGCUGGAGGUGGUGUGUAUAACACAUUAGAACAUUAAGUAAAGUGUGUCUCCUACUACCCCCACCCCAAAAUACAAAACCAACUAGGGAAGCCUGUGUUAAGUGGAAUCCCUCAAAGGGCCAUAUGCAGUAGACAGCAUGUCCAAUUUCUGGGUAAAAACACUUCAGAAGGAAAAACGAUUAACGGCAAGGGGAGGGGAAUUAGCCCACAGGGGAUUAAAUCAACAGAUGCUCCAUAAUAGUUCAAAGGGUGCUGGCAAGCAGUGAUUGCUCCUAGAGCUUAUUAGUUCUGGGCUGCUCAUACACACUGGUUUGUUUUUAGGGCUGGAGAAAUGUAGGCUGAGAAGUCUUUAAUGACCUCUAGACAGCAGUUUGUCACAAAGCAUGUACUGUAACUGACUGUAUUUGUGGGACCAAAUCGUGUGUAUUCACCAACAAAUUUGACUCUGCUCAGCUGAUGGAACACUGGGUUUUGCUGGAACUUAAACUUUUUAUAAAUGGAAAUGAAUAAAAAAUUGUGGUAACCAAAUUACUUUUCGGUCUGUUCUGCUUUAGUCUGUCUUUGCAUUGUAAUCAACUAUUGUAGAGAAUACUUGUACAACCAUAGGAUAGUGCUCAUGUAGAACUUACAUUAUAUCAUAAAUUUAAAUUUUACUACUUAUUGUAGAACAAAAUAUUAGCUCUUUAGUCCACUAUCUUGACAUGUAUUAGGAUGCAUUCUGGUUAUAGAGGAAGCAGCACUGGCAUAUAUACUUUAGGAAAGAUGGCUCCUUAUGGGCUGUCUGCCCCAAACUUCUUUGUUGCCUGUACUACAGUAUUCUGUUAAUAUGAAGAGAGAAACACAAGAAGAUGCCACCUGGGGCUGCUGACCUAUAACAAUGUCAAAACAAGCUCAUUGCUGCUAAAGGGACAAACUCAGCUUUGUAAGGGAAUUUGACUAAAAGCAAAAUGACCCUUGAUGCCCAUGGGGCAGACAAUACUAACAUUUUAGAACAGUUUAACUCUAAAAGAGGCCUGUCCAGGAAAGUUUGAAACAUAUAGGUUGUGUUUUUGUUUUGUUUUUUGCUUUAGUGAAAGCAAAAUCUAGAGAUGAGAGCUGAUGAGGUUAAUGGAUGCAGCGGGCAUAUUUCUCAUUUAAAACUUGGCUGCUAAGCCUCUGCUGGGGGGGAAAUGGAGCUUUACAUGAGGUUUGUGACCUUUUAAGCAUCUUUAAAAAUAAAACAAAUCUGAGUAUGCGUAUUGGCUUGAAAUUUUAAAAAAACACCUGUGGUUGCUUUUACUAAGUGAUGUCAUAAUAAUAGCCUUGUUAUUAUGUAACACCAUGAGGCUAGCUAACCUAGAUUCCAGUGCUUUGGUUUGCUGUGCUUUAAAGGUGAACUACAGAAGAAGAAUAGAAUCUGGGCUUGCAGGGACCCCCUGACUGAGCCAUGAAUUAUCAAGGGCAUUUACAUUAAUGUUAAGUUAUCCAUUCAACUAUAUAACAAUAAAGAGGAUUCUCUCAGGCUCCUUCAGGGACAAUAGUAUGUUGUCCUCUUUAAAUUACCUUUUAAGACUCUUAUAAACAACUUUCUCAACUGCAUCUCUCUCUGCAAACUGAAUCUCAAAUCAAUGCUUUUAGAGACCAAAGUACUUAAGGAGCUCCCAAAUGACACCUCUUCAUUUUUGCAGUGAUAUAGCUUGAUCACACAAGCAAAUGACAUAGUUGGAAUGGUGAGAGUUGCAGGGAUGCUAAAGGGGCAGUAUGUAAAAAGGGGUGGCCCACAAUCCCUUGCAUUAUGAUGCAGGGCUGGUAGGAUACAAAGAUGGGCUUGUUCAGGUCAGUUACUUGGCUUGACAAAAUAUGUCUGGCCAGUGCUGCCUGUAAACUAAUAGUGCAGUAAUAUUACUUUAAGCCCAAACUACAUGUUUUUCCAGAGCAGUAGCUAAGGCCUGCUUCACACAUUAUAGUGUGAUGAACAUUUUGCUGCCAUGUGUACAUACAAUAGGAAGUCACAGUUGCUCCUGACUCCCUGCAUCUGUAAUGCAUGAAUGAUGUAAAAUGGAACGGGCUGUUCAGCCCUCUGUGUGUUGUGGUGUUCCUCUUUUACAUGACCUCUUCCUUUAAAGAGCCCAGGGUAAAGCACAUGGUUCUUCUUAAACAUCUUGCCUUCAAGAUGGGCAAUUCUGGGAUUGAGAUUGGUCCAGGAUCAUCCAGUGAGGCUCAUGGCUGUGUGUGUGGUUGAACUCAGGUCUCCUUACUCCUAAUUCUGCACUAACCCCUACAAUAUGCAGGCUCUCAAGUUAUGAUCUUCCCUGGUACUCAAAGGGUUCCAUCUCUUCCCUACUGAAAUUAGACUUGAGGAAAUUUAACUAUCUCUCCAACUGCAUUCUCCAAGAUCAUACUCCCAAUUAAGGGGGGGGAGCAUUAAUGCUUAGAUGGUGGCAUGGGGAGGAAAGUGAGUAUUCCUGCAUCUGUGUGGUGCCUACAAAAGCUUCACCAGUUAGCAUUUGUAUACCCAUAAAGACUGGCAACCCCUGCUCUAGAUAUACCUGAAGUCCAAGUUGACUCACAUUAGUUGACUCACACUAAUGUACUACAUUGCAGAACACCCGUGUGUGUGUGUGUGUGUG